GCUUGCUGGCGGCUAGGUUCGCCGCGGCCCGGAGGCGUUGCAGUUUGACAUCAAAAUGUUGCGCGUGGUGAGCUGGAACAUCAAUGGGAUACGGAGCCCCCUACAAGGGGUGGUAUGCCAGGAGCCCAACAACUGCGCCGCCACGACUUUGGGGCGCCUUUUGGACGAGCUGGAUGCCGACAUCGUCUGCUUCCAGGAGACCAAAGUGACCAGGGAUGUGCUGACAGAGCCCCUGGCUAUCGUUGAGGGCUAUAACUCCUAUUUCAGCUUCAGCCGCAACCGAAGUGGCUAUUCUGGUGUAGCCACCUUCUGUAAGGACAGCGCUACCCCAGUGGCUGCUGAAGAAGGCCUGAGUGGCCUGCUUGCCACUCAGAAUGGGGACGUGGGUUGCUAUGGAAGUAUGGAUGAGUUCACUCAAGAGGAACUUCGGGCUCUGGAUAGUGAGGGCCGGGCCCUCCUUACACAGCACAAGAUUCGCACAUGGGGAGGGCAGGAGAGGACCCUGACCCUAAUCAAUGUGUACUGCCCCCAUGCGGACCCUGGGAAGCCUGAACGGCUGGCCUUUAAGAUGCAUUUCUAUCGCUUGCUGCAGAUGCGAGCAGAAGCCCUCCUGGCGGCUGGCAGCCAUGUUAUCAUCCUGGGUGACCUGAACACGGCCCACCGUCCCAUUGACCACUGGGAUGCAGUCAAUAUGGAAUGCUUUGAAGAGGACCCAGGGCGCAAGUGGAUGGAUGGCUUGCUCAGUGUCCUGGGUUGCCAAGCUGGGGCCCAUGUAGGGCCCUUCAUCGAUAGCUACCGCUGCUUUCAACCAAAGAAGGAGGGAGCCUUCACCUGCUGGUCAGCGGUUAGUGGUGCCCGCCAUCUCAACUAUGGCUCCCGGCUUGACUAUGUGCUGGGGGAUAGGGCCCUGGUCAUCGACACAUUCCAGGACUCCUUCCUGCUGCCUGAGGUGAUGGGCUCUGACCACUGCCCUGUGGGCGCAGUCUUGAGCGUGUCCUCUGUACCCACAAAACAGUGCCCACCCCUAUGUACCCGCUUCCUCCCAGAAUUCGCAGGCACCCAGCUCAAGAUUCUUCACUUCCUAGUUCGCCUUGAACAAGAUGCUGUGUUUGGGCAGUCGGCAUUGCAGCUCAGCAAUCAAACCCGGGUACAGACACUCCAAAACAAAGCCUGUGCGCGCUCAACCAGGCCUCGGCCAAGCCAGCCUGGCUCCAGCAGAGGCCAGAAGAACCUGAUGAGCUACUUCCAGCCAUCCUCUAGCCGGCCUCAAGCCUCUCCAGACUUGGAGCUUCCUAGCCUGAUGGGUUCCCUCGUGACCCCAGUGACCACAGAAGAGGAGGCAGCAGCCAAAGUGGUGGAAGUGCAGGCCAAGGCUUCAGAGGCCAAGUAUGAGAAGGAGGUGAGGACCUUGUGCUGGAAGUCUGUGCUGGGGGGCCCCUCACCCAUGCCCCUCUGUUGGGGCCAUGGGGAGCCAUGUGUAAUACGGACUGUGAAAAAGCCAGGGCCUAAUCUGGGCCGCUGCUUCUACAUGUGUGCCAGGCCCCGAGGUCCUCCCACUGACCCCUCCUCCCGGUGUAACUUUUUCCUCUGGAGAAGACCCAGUUGAACCAGUCUAGGCCUAGUCAACCCUGUACAGCAUCUGGGGCCAGCUCCCCUCCUCCUAAGC